UGACAACCUUUGCCCUCGUUCCGAUUUAUCAAUUUAUUGAAUUUUCACUUCGAAAAAUUGAUUUACUUUGUUUUUGAAUUCUGAAGAUAAUCCAUCCGAAAUGAAGUGGUUGUUUCUUUGCUUUAUUGGCAUUUCUUGCCUUGCUUAUGCAUUCAGUGAAAGAUGCUAUUCAGGGGAUGACUGCCGCGAAGGUGAAUGUUGUACUGGAGGCAUCACACCCUGGAUAAAAGGCUCAUGCAGGCCAUUAGAAAAAGAAGGCGAUGUAUGUGAUCCUAAUUCACCUGUUACUGGAAAAUAUUUCAUGAGAUGUCCAUGUGAAAGUAGCCUGAAAUGCGUCACAAAAGAAAACGUGGUGGGUGGAUCUAUAUGUGUUCGAGAAUAAUAUCUUGAUGGAAAUUUUUGGAUGGUCAGGUGGAAUAUUAUAAUUCGAGGAGAAAAACGCUUUUAAUGUCUAUAUUUUGUUUCAGACAAGAAAAAUAAAUAAAACUUUGUUAAAAAAAAA